AUGCCAUUCUCAAAACUUUCCUCUAGUGCCAAAUGGUGUCUCAUUUUCUCCCCUACAGUUGUUUUUGUUCUUCAAAACUCGCUCCAAAUAACCACCGUCACAGGAUUUUCGAUGACCCCUACAUUUAAUGAAAUCCCAGGAUCCACUACAAAACUCUUGAUUGAAAGAAGCGGGAUGUUCAAAUUGGACCCAAAAAACCGCUUACGAGUGAAUGAUGUAAUACAAAUGAGAUCUCCUGUCGACCCAGAACGACUUUUAAUAAAGAGAAUCAAAGGGCUUGAAGGUGAUGUAAUCACGCCGCGCGAUCAAGAUUACCCAGCAAAAAUAGUGAGAGUACCCGUUAAUCAUGUUUGGGUAGAAGGUGAUAAUAGUUUCCAUAGUAUCGAUAGCAAUACUUUUGGACCAGUAAGCGUGGGACUAAUUGAGGCAAUUGUGUGGAAAAGAGUUGAUCCUCUGCGUUUCCCAUACUUAUUUGACCUAAGGGAAGGAGGCAGAGAGGCAAGACUACUGUUAAUAAACAGAAUUGAUCAAUACUAG